AUGACCUCGCGACUGUGGCUCUGGUGCUUCUGCGCUUGGGUGGCCGCCAGCUGGCCGCCAGGAAGCGCCCUACAGCUCCAGCCAGGCAUGCCCAAUGUUUGUGAAGAACAGCUGGUGACUGUGGUGGGACUGGCGCACCCCUGUGUUCGGGCCUUCACACACACCGUCAGGCUCUGGAAACAAGGCUGUACCGGCCCACCCUGGUGCAUGGGUUAUGAAAGAAGGACUCGGUACUAUACCAUCUACAGGCAGGUAUACAACAGGGAGCAGCAGACAGUCUACAGGUGCUGCCCUGGUUGGAGCCGAUGGGAUGAUGAACCCGGCUGCCUACACUCUAUCUCUGCUAUGGGAACUCAUUUCAACAGUAGGAAAUGCUCAGAUGGUGAAGUCCAGAACUGCCAGUGUUCACAGGGAUUUCACGGACCCCACUGUCAAUAUGAUAUAAAUGAAUGUACUAUUGACAAUGGUGGCUGUCAGGACCAGUGCUGUAAUACAAUUGGCAGUUAUUAUUGCAAAUGUCAAGCUGGCCAGCAGCUGGAAGAAGAUGGCAGAGGAUGUGAAGAUGUCGAUGAAUGUGCGGUGGUGAAUGGAGGCUGCCAGCAGCGCUGUAUUAACACUCUGGGCACCUUCCACUGUGAAUGUGAUACGGGAUACAGACUCCAUGCUGAUGCACGCACCUGCAUAAAGAUGGACCCCUGCAUAGGUGGGAAUGGAUGUGCUCACAUGUGUCAGAGUGAGAAUGGCGUGGCCAGGUGUGCCUGCCACCCAGGGUACCAGCUGUCUGAAGACAAAAAGGCCUGUGCAGAUAUAAAUGAGUGCACCGAAGGGCUUGCUCACUGUGGUCAUCGCUGUGUGAACUCAGUGGGGUCUUUCACUUGUGCCUGCGACCCUGGCUUUGAGCUGGGAGCUGAUGGACAUCAGUGUUACAGAAUUGAAUUGGAAAUUGUCAAUAGCUGUGAAAAGAACAAUGGUGGCUGUUCCCAUCACUGUGAACAUGCAAUUGGUGGGCCCCUUUGUUCCUGUAACCAUGGACACCAGCUUGAUUUGGAUGAGAAAACGUGCAUAGAUCUCGAUGAGUGUGAGAACGGAGAGGCCUGCUGUGCCCAGCUCUGCACCAACUAUUUAGGAGGCUACGAAUGCCAUUGUCAGGAAGGCUUUCAGAUCAGUCUGGACGGUUGUGGAUGUGAUGCUUUAGAUGAUGACGAGCUGGAGGGUGAAGAAGAGGAAUUAGAAAUUGUGAGGUUUCCAGGACUUCAACUCCAGAGCCCACCUCAGCUGGGUCAUUAUGUUGCUACCGCCCUGGUUGCCUCUAAUGAAGAUGAGGAAGAUGAGGGAGAAGAGGAAGAGGAUUUCCAGGAAUUAACUGCUUUGCACAAAGUUGCUUGUGCCCCAGGGACAAAUGGGAAAGAGUGUGACAGCAUCUGCAAGUGUCAGAAUGGAGGCACCUGUGAUCUUCUGACUGGACAGUGCCAGUGCCCCCCAGGGGUUCAUGGGAAGACUUGUGAAGAUGGAUGCCCAAAAGGGUUCUUUGGGAAAAACUGCAGAAGAAAAUGUAACUGUGCCAACAACGGCCAUUGCCACAGGAUGUUUGGUUCCUGUAUGUGUGAGGCAGGGCGCUAUGGGAGAUUUUGUCAUCUGAACUGUCCCAAGGGGGCCUACGGAGCUGGCUGCUCUUUGGAAUGUCAGUGUGUGGAGGAGAACACCCUGGAAUGCAGUGCCAAAAAUGGUAGUUGCACCUGCAAAUCUGGUUACCAAGGCAACAGAUGCCAGAAAGCCUGCCCUGAUGGCCUCUGGGGACCAGAAUGCAGGUUCUCCUGUGGACCCUGUGAAAAUGGAGGUCAGUGUGACAAAGAAACUGGAAACUGUACCUGUGCUCCUGGUUACAUGGGAAAAUCCUGCACAAUGUUGAGAUGCAUUUCCCUUACCAAUCUGGUUCUCAGCAGGCGGGCCAGCCUGAUGAAGUAUCAGCAAAAUGUCAGCUCCCACAGAGAAGUGCGACAGAGGCGACACUGAAGCAGUGACAGGCCUUUAAAGAAGCUAUUGUACAAAUUCGGUUUUGAAAUAGGGAUGUGGUUGAGGACGGAUGGGUAUGUCAUUACCAAGGCGUUCAUCUCCCCAUCAUCAGGAGGCAGAGAAGGGAGUCCUGGAGCAGCUGAUGUGCAGACAUUAAGUUGA